AUGAAUUUAACUUGGAUUCUGGGACUAUUUGCAAUAAUUGUUGCUGUUGGAGCUUAUCCCUUGGAAGAUGCCGAAAGAGAAACACCAGGAGACUAUGCUGAGAGACGUGUAAAUCUUUUAGAUGUUGCCGAUGUUGGUGGAAACCACGAAAAUGCUGCUGAUCGCAAAGUUCGUCACGGCUGGGGUGGAUGGGGCGGUGGUUAUGGCGGCUGGGGAGGUUAUGGCGGUUGGGGAGGUUAUGGCGGUUGGGGUGGUGGUUAUGGCGGCUGGGGUGGUGGUUGGGGUGGCGGUUACGGUGGUUGGGGACGAGGAUGGGGUCACCGUGGCUGGGGUUGGGGUGGCUAA